AUGCUACUAGACUCCCCAUUUUCUCCAUUCCUCAACACGAACUAUGCACCCUCUGCUCGAGAGAUCGGUCAAAUAAACGACUUGCUCAUCGAUCCGGUUGAAAAACUGAGAAAGCUUGACGAAGAGAUUUCACAACUUCAGGCGCAGCGCAACAGACUGCAGGCGUUUAUCGACAAUCAUCGCGCCCUUAUCUCUCCUUUUCGGAGGCUUCCUGCAGACGUAUGGAGCGAAAUAUCCAUCCAAUGUUUGCCAUCCCCAGAAUUCCCAGUACGAUCUAUAGCGGAGGCACCACUCCUUCUCACAGCGAUUUGUCGUCCAUGGCGUGAAAUAGCAUUGAAAACUCCCAGGAUUUGGAAUAGUUUGCACGUCAACAUCCCAGACAGACAUCUCAAGGUGGACCUCGAACGAUACGUUGCGAUAAUGCGGGCUAGACUCGAUGGGGUGAAGCUAUGGUUGCAGAGAUCCGGGUCUAUUCCCCUUAGGCUGUCCAUCUCAGUUGGAGUUCCUUCUCCAGAUCAUGAUUGGGAUUGGGGUUCUCCGGUACACGAUGAGGAGGUAUAUCAUGCCGAAGAACUUGCAGUUGUCCUCCUUCAGCAUUCUCGAAGAUGGGAGACUCUUUCCCUCAAUCGCGUUUCUCGCCAGGUUCUGCAAAUGCUGGCAGGGGGAGAUGCACCGCAGCUGAACAAGUUAAUGGUUGUUUCCCCCCAUCUUCAUUUCUGGGGUAGCGAUCCUGGUAGUCAAUCCAACGAUUUCUUUACGUCCGUAACCGAUACUCUCGAGAAAUGGCGCGUACGAGCUCUUCAUACCGAACGAAUCCCCGAACAUGUCCUCGUCUCCCGAGCACCUCACUGGGCUCGUCUGACCGAACUUCGUGUCAUCUCCCCCAUCAAUGAUCUCCCGUGUCUUUUCAUAAGCAAGAUCACAGAGCUAUGCCCUUUGUUAGUCCAAUGCACUCUAAAAUUUUCCCACUACCGUCAUGACCCCACUUCUGGCCCAGCACCCGAACCGUUCUCUGGGCAACCCAGAAAGUGGUCGAACCUCCAAAAACUUGCUCUCAGCUUCCUCGGUUACUCCCCAGGCCGUCACGGUUCGUUGUUGCUUGAUGACAUCUCGAAUACCUUUGGUGUCUUCACUGCGCCUUCCCUCACGGACCUUGGUCUUUCGUUAUACAAUUGGGAUUACUCAAGUGUAGCGCUUUUAAAGCGGAUACCCGAGACACCAUUUCAUCGAUUCCUCCUCCGCUCGGGAUCUGGAACGACUCUCACGCGUCUUGCCGUAGAUUUACCCCUACGAGAGGAUGUCUUGAUCGAUUCUCUACAAGUCUUGACCUCGUUGACGGAGUUGAAGAUUGGUAGGGGCGGGGGUGCUGAUGUCGAGUCUUGGGGUGGCUCUAGCUCUGUUGGUUCUAGAGAUCGAGACCCACUCAUCAACGAGCGACUGCUCCAAGCGUUGACGCCAGCUCCUCACAAUAGCAUCAUCUGCCCGAACCUCAAAGACCUCGACUUAUCGACCCCUUCCUCCCAUCAUGUCUAUGCCCUCGUCAGGUUGGCCAGUUCACGAGCGAAUGGAACUAGCAGAACGGCCAGAUUGGAAUCCUUUAAAGUCAGCUUUGGAGAACAGCUCAAGUGGGUGGUGGAGCUCUUGACUUGCCAGCAUGUUCAGAGUGCUCUGGAAGAAGUAAGGUCGAAGGGCGUACGAGUUGUCUGGGAGUGGUCGGCUCCGCAAAAUCGUAGGAUAGAUGGUCCCCGAGAUGGAAUGAUUUGUGUUACUGAUUAA